CUUGUUGCCAUGAUGGCCGCCACCGUUAUCCAUGCUGCCGCCAUCCCUGCCGAUGACGGUGAUUGGUGUGCGCUGCCUGGACAGCCUUGCGGGCAGAUGAAGCGUGCUGUCUCUGGCGCCUCUGAGAUCAAGCGCUCUGCCGAUGCCCUUGCCGAGGCCAUUGAAGAUAUGCCGAAACUUCACAUUCCGAGUUGGUGUGCUCUCCCUGGCCAGAUCUGUAGCAAGUUCAAGCGCGCUGCCGACGCCCUCGCGGAG